AUGGCUUCUACAGAGGGUUUGGUGCCCAUAACUAGGGCAUUUCUGGCGUCAUACUACGAUCAACACCCCUUUACUCCUCUUUCUCCAGAUGUCUCUCGCCUUUCUUCCGAGCUUCGUUCUAUGGCCACUGAUUUGCUCACUCAACAUCCUCCUAUCCAUGGAGAAAGCAGGUUAAUAAAUGAAGCUGAGAGCCAACCUCCGCAUAAGAUUGAUGAAAAUAUGUGGAAGAAUCGAGAGUAUAUUGAAGAAACUAUUUUUUUACUUGAACCUUCUAAUUGCCCACAGCCGAUGCAGCUGAAACAACAGUCCGCACCUGACAAUGUUGAAUUCUCCAUUAUGCUUCGGAAGCUUAAAGAUAAACUUCAUAAUACUUUGAGGACUUUGGAAUCUUUCCAAAUAAAAAAUGCUGAACAUGUAUUUAACACGGUUAUGACAUAUCUGCCUCAAGAUUUUCGAGGAACUCUCCUCAGACAACAACGGGAACGCUCAGAGAGGAAUAAACAAGCAGAGGUAGAUGCUUUGGUGAAUUCUGGUGGUAGCAUACAUGAUCGAUAUGCUCUUCUGUGGAAACAGCAAAUGGACAGGAGAAGACAAUUAGCUCAGCUUGGCUCUGCAACAGGAGUCUAUAAAACCCUCGUGAAGUACCUAGUUGGAGUUCCUGAGGUAUUGCUUGAUUUUACAAGGCAGAUCAAUGAUGAUGACGGGCCCAUGGAGGAGCAGCGUCAUCGCUAUGGACCACCUUUAUACAGCCUCACCUCAAUGAUUCUUUAUGUCCGAUUCUUCCUUUCGUUAUCGUGGGCACGAUAUGGGUAUAAGAAAUUAAAAAGGGAACAGUUUGCUGUCUUGGAACAAGCUGUUGAUGUCUACACCAUGGAGUUUGAGAGGUUCAUCACAUUUAUUAGCGGGGUCUUUGCAAACUCACCUUUCUUCAUUCCAGCAGAUGUUGCCGGUGCAGUGGAAGUAAGUAAAAUUGAUGACUUCAAAGAGGAAAGUGUUCCAGCUGGGAAAACUUUUGAGGUUAUACUCUCAGUGGACUCAGUAAACUCGUAUAUUGCAUGGGAUUUUUCUUUAGUACAAGGCAAGAUAAAUAUGGAUAUUGGAUUUAGUUUGGAGUUUACAAGUCCUACUGGGGAAAAGACUCUGAUGUUGCCUCACCGCCGAUAUGAGUCUGACCAAGGUAACUUCUGCACAUUAAUGGCUGGAAGCUAUAAACUGAUAUGGGACAACACACAUUCAACUUUUUUUAGAAAGGUGCUACGGUAUAAGGUAGAUUGUAUACCUCCUGUGACAGAGCCUGUGCAGUUGGACUGA